GAGGAUCACCAUUAACAUACUCAUGGCUGUGAGCACUCGUUCGACUUUGUCAGUUCCUCGUGUCCCUCGAAUUAUUAGUGUGGAGGAGAAACUACAUCAUCGUUCCGCUUUCGGAAAUCAAGGUGCUCCCCUGUCGCGUGCCUGAGAGCGCAGCAUCAUUGAGCAGCAUCUAUCAAUAUGCAGCGCGUGGGUUCGUGGCUGUAUGGCCGUAAACCUGACAAUAAUCCCUUGCCGAGCUCUCUUGAACUAGCAAGGCAGAUACAAGACCCGGCUACACUCAUUCUAAAUGACGAUGUCGAUGGUGCUGAGACCGGUCUCAAGGAAGGUGACUCAUCUUUCCACAAGACCGGCAAAGGCGUCGUAGGCUUUCUCCGCGCAUUACUCGGCUUUGAACAGGAGAUAAUGCGCGAAGCUGCCGAGCGGCUUUCGGACGCUGAAAACAGUGCAUACAAUGACCACCAGCGAGUAGCUCACACUGCGAACGCGCCGGAUGCUUUUCGUUCACAAAUCUACGACGUAGGCACGGAGUACGCCCUCUGCCAAGCAAUGGCGCAGAUCAUGAUCGCUGUCGUCGGGGUACUCAAUGAGAGCCUUACCGAGAGUCUAAAAGGGUUUUAUAAAAUGCGAAAAGCAUACGCAACUUUGGAUGCAAUCGUGCGCAUGGAGGAACGUUACCUACAGUCCCGCCGUCUCCCGAAAACUCGAACCGCCCCGGCAAACUUGAUGACCGAGAAAUCACCCGUGUCGCCAAAACAGAGGCCGUCUGGGGUUCAUAUCAGUAAAUCUGAUCAGGAGCUACAUCGAAACAUUGCGGAACUCAAAUUGGCAGAUGACGAGAUCCACAGUACACCCGCUUCUGCUCGUUCUAGUGGAUCAAGCACGCCUGUGGGUGAGACUUUCACACAUGAUCCAGAGUGGGCGGAUCUAUUUAGCCACCCUAUCGAUGCAUUCAUUCAUUCCGGUGCUAGCUUAUGUCUAGGCAUGUUACUUGCGAUGCUCUCCACGCUUCCUCCCACGUUCAGUCGCUUACUUGCAAUUGUCGGGUUUCGAGGUGAUAAAGAGCGAGGUCUACGUAUGCUUUGGCAAGCCACUAAGGCCCAGAGCUUGAUUGGGGCCGUUGCGGGACUAGGAAUCCUGGGCUAUUACAAUGGAUUCGUUCGGUUAUUGGAUAUCAUUCCGGAUACCAUCAAGGAAGACGAAUUGGGAAUAGAAGGAUAUCCCAUGGACCGUCUAAAGACUCUGCUCAAUACGAUGAGGACACAAUUUCCUAGGAGCCAACUGUGGCUGCUUGAGGAAGCUCGAAUGAAGAGCGCUAACCGUGAUGUCGAAGGCGCAGUGGAAAUCCUGAAGAACAGCGAAAAGAGUCCCCUCAAACAGGUCGAAGCUCUACAAGCUUUUGAGAAGAGUAUGGACUCAAUGUUUCUGCAUAACUACGAGGACUGUGCCAAGUUUUUCCUUGAGUGUGUGGAACUCAACUCUUGGUCACCUGCUCUAUACUACUACAUUGCAGGAUCUGCCUAUGUGGUUUUAUACCGCCAUACAUCCGCUGUUGACCCAGCUGCCGCUCAGGUGUUUGCGGAAAAGGCCAGAGAAUGUAUCCGCAAAGCGCCGACAGUGGCAGGCAAGAAGCGCCUGAUGGCUCGCCAACUGCCAUUCGAAGUCUUUGUCACCCGCAAAAUAGCAAAAUGGGAGGCUCGCGCCAAGGGGUUGAAAGUAGAUCUCGUCGAUGCCGUGGGCGUUGAUCCAAUUGAAGAGAUGAAUUUCUUCUGGAAUGGAUAUAGCCGCAUGGGAGCGGAGGGACUGGAAGAUUCAUUGCGCAAACUGGAAUGGUCAGAGCAGAACGUCAAGAACCAAGAGGAAGACGACAAGGCCAUCACUCAACUUCUCCGAGCCGCUAUUCUACGCGCAUUACGCAAACACACAGAGGCGAAGGAGAUCCUGAAACAGAAAGUCCUGGUCCAUGAUCGGAGUGUUUUCAAGGGUCAACUACGGGACAAUUGGGUUCUUCCAGCGGCACAUUUUGAGCUUGCCGCUAACGUUUGGAUGGAGCGACCUAGCUAUGAACCAACGCAUACCUCACCCUGGGACCCUGAACCCACACACGUAGGAUUGUCUGACAAGGAGAUCGUUGCUAUUGAGAAGAAACACGUCCAAGAGUGUGACGAACAUCUCGAGAAGGCGGCGAAGUGGGAGUCGUACGAUCUCGAUACUCGAAUUGGUCUCAAGGUAACCGCUGCUAAGGAAGCCAUCCGUAAGUGGCAUGCAUCUCAUCCUGAAGUCGAAUAG